CAAUUUAUUUAUUUAUUUUAUUUUUGUUGAAAAUGGAAAAAGAAAAGAAAGAAAAAAAAGCCCCGCCGAGUGGUCCGUAGCGUUUCAGAAGGCCCCCUCGUUCCACUACUUUCGUUCGCCGCACCUGUCGUUUCGAUCCCCAAAAUUGUCGUUUUGGGUUUAUUUAUUUUUAAUAUUAUCAUUAAUUAAUUAAUUUUUUUUUUCUCUUUAUUUUUUCUCCCCCGCAACAGAGACUUUUUUCCCCCAUCCCGCUGGCGGCGCACUUCUCUGAGCCGACCGUCACUCUCAUCACCGGUGAGGGCUAACGUGCGCACAUCACUUUCUUCUUCUUCCUCUCAACUAUUCUCGAAUGCCGCCAUAGACGAGCUUCUUCAAGGGUAUUGUUGGAUUAGCAUCGAUUUUUGUGGAGGACGGGAUAUUUGAGUUUUAGGUCAUUGAUGAUUGAGAUUUGUUAAGCGUUGGGAUGUUUUUCACAUUAUUGCUUGAUUGCUUGCUUUCUCAAGCUGAGUUAGGGUUACGCCAUUGAGACUUGCUGGUUAUUUGUUGAAUGUGGGGUUGAGAAGAUGGAUGGAGACAAUAAGAAGUCUGGUUUUAGGAAAAGAACGAAGCCAAAGGAUGGUGGGUUUGACUCAGAUGUUGAUGAGCCCAUUGGUUCUCUACUUAAGUUGAAGAGAUCACGAAACUCUAAAAAAACUAAGUUGAAUGUAGACGAUGGCGGUGGAAGGGACAAGAUGGUUGACAAGAAAGGAGCAAAAUUGCCAGUGCAAGAGGACUUUGGUGGAAUGGAUGAUACUUUAGCUAGUUUUAGAAAGAAGUUGAAGCGUCCUAAAAAGGUUAGUGGAACUGGAAUUGCUAGGGAACAGAGUUCUGCUCUAAGCGUGACAGAAUCUUUGAAUCCAUUAUUUAAUACAUCCAAAGGACAUGGGGACUUAGACACAAGAUUGAGACCAGAAAAUGGUGAAUUAAUGGAUCGUGAGGAUUCUGAUUCAUCUGCAAAGAUUGAUGCAGAAAUGAGGUGUGAAGCACCUGAUCUGGAAUCAAAAGACAUGGUGAUGGGCAUCUCUAGUAGGAGAAGUGCUAAUUGCUCUUUGGAUAAGCAGCUGGAUGAUUCAUUGUCAGCAUUUGUCCAAAAGGUUCAGUCUGGUUCAACUAGGAAAUCAGUGGUAUCUACAACAUUUAGACCAGACUGCAAGGAUGAGGCUUCUGAAGAUAAAUUGAGUCCUUUUUGUAGAGCUGUUUCUGAGGAUCAUGAAGCACACUCCAUUGUGAGUAUUAAUUCUUCAUCUAAGCUGGCACAAGUUGUCAAAAAACCAGAUUCUGAACUUACUACAUCAUAUUUAAUUUCCUGUUCGCAUUGCACCAAAGAGAACUGUAAUCCUGGUCGGGGACAAUGUCAUCAAGGAAUUAAACAUGACCAAGAAGAGGAUCCAUGCUCUCUCAAUGGUCACGAGAAUCCUGACAUGAGACCAUGCAUAUCAAAUGAAGUUGCUGAUAAAGACAGCAAAAACUUUAGUCAAUUUAGGGACAAUUUCCGGGUGCUGGAAAGAAAAGCAUCGUGUGAAAUCAAGAAUGUACUAAAACAUUGUUCUUGUGGCAAUACAAUCACAAAUAGCCAUUUGGCAGAAAUGGGUUCUUUUCAGGAUGGGCUAGGUGAGAAUCAAAUUAAUGAAAACAUGUGCAGUUCUUGUCGUCCUCUAGAAAAGAUAAACGAAAACCAUGACCUUUGUGUGGGUGUUUCCAGCAGAGAUUUUUGUGAUGCGGUGGCCCAAGAGACCACAGUCAAUUUGUCUAAAACAAUUCCAGGUGUAGAUUGUGAAGGGAAAGAAAGAUUGCUUGUUAAAUAUCACGAUGAAUUGUCAAAAUCUACCAAUUUCUGUGAAAGUUCUUCCAAUCCUCAGUUAUCUGCAGGCUUUGAUUCAACGAAAGUGGAUAAAACUGACAGUGACUCUGAUAAUUUAAAUACUGGAAAUGAUGAGCCAAACGACAAAGGUCGUUCUAUGCAGAAGGAAAAUGCUACGAUCUCUAAUAGGAUAGAUUCAACUGCUGUUCAAUCUCUCACAUUGCAAAAACUUGGGCCAAAGUAUCCAGAUUUUUGUCCUGGUGGAAAUUUCAGCAUGAUAUCAGAUAGUCAACCGGCCAAGGUUCCACUGGAGAUGGAUGGUCCAAAUAACAUACUUACUGGUAAAGAGGUUAAGGUAUCUUCUCUUGGGUCUUUCACUCCAGAUGAUAAUGACCUUGAGGAUGUAAUAUCUGCUCCUGAAAGUGAAAAAGAUUUAAAGCUUUCAGCUUUACAGCGUGUAGCGCGCAAGACCAAGAAGCCCCGGCAUGAGGACAUGGCUUAUGAAGGAGAUAUUGAUUGGGAGGUUUUGAUUAGUGAGCGUGCAGUUGAUGGUGAUCAUUCUUUCAGAUCAAGAAAGGAUUCUACAUCAACAACCUUUACAGAGGCUGAAACUGGUGGUAGGGCUGCGGUGUCUGCAGGGCUUAAGGCACAUGCAGUUGGUCUACUUGAGAAGAUUAAAUUUAAGGAUGUGCUAAAGCGCAAAGGUGGGCUUCAAGAGUACAUAGCAUGCAGGAACCAGAUCCUGGGACUUUGGUGUAAAGAUGUUACACGCAUUUUGCGUCUUGUUGACUGUGGGGUUACUGAUACUCCCUCUAUGGAUGAACCACCACGUUUCUCCCUUGUUAGGGAGAUCUAUGCAUUUCUUAAUCUACGUGGUUAUAUAAAUGCGGGGAUUGCCUCUGAGAAAGCCAAAUCAGAAUCUGACAUUAAAUAUGAUUAUGAACUGGGAGAGAAAAAGGUUGGAGAUGUUAGUGUUGCUUCAGCUGCUGAUUCCGAGGAAGGGGUUUCUGUCAUGGUAAAAAAUUCCGAUGCUUCUAAUGCAGAGAAUGAUGUUUCAGCUGGCUGUGAAGUAAUAUUGAAGGAUGCUGAAGGAAGAGACCCUGUGAUUGCAAAUAAUUUGGAUUUACCCAAACCAGUGGAACUCGAACAAGAAUUGGUACAUGACUUGGAGUACUGUAUUCCUGAUCCUACACAGGUAAAAUUUGUUGGUGACGUUCCAGGUAAAGCUGCCUCACAUUUAACUAAUCAGUCAAGAAACAGUUGGGGCCCAAUCUCCUCUGAUGAGUGUGUAGGAGAUGAUCAACAACAGCAGAGUAAUUCUGAAAUAAAAAAGAAAGUAAUUGUGAUUGGAGCUGGUCCUGCUGGCUUAACUGCUGCAAAGCACUUGCUUCGACAGGGCUUUACUGUCACUGUACUGGAAGCUAGGAAUAGGUUAGGAGGCCGUGUUCAUACAGAUCGCUCCUCUCUUUCUGUUCCUGUAGAUCUUGGUGCAAGUAUUAUUACGGGAGUAGAGGCUGAUGUCGCAACUGAAAGAAGGCCCGAUCCUUCCUCAUUGAUAUGCACUCAAUUGGGCCUCGAGUUGACUGUAUUAAAUAGUGACUGUCCCCUCUAUGACAUCAUUACUUGCAAAAAAGUUCCACUAGACAUGGAUGAAGCUUUGGAAGCAGAAUAUAAUAGUCUUCUUGAUGACAUGGUGUUGCUUGUUGCGCAAAGAGGGGAGCAUGCAAUGGCUAUGUCCCUUGAGGAAGGUUUAGAAUAUGCCCUUAAGCGACGACGCAUGGCUCGAGGAAUGGAUGUUUGUUCUGAGGAAGAGGUUUUGAGUCCCUUUGAGAGGAGAGUUAUGAAUUGGCAUUUUGCUAACUUGGAGUAUGGUUGUGCUGCUAUGCUCAAGAAAGUAUCUCUUCCUAACUGGAACCAGGAUGAUCUUUAUGGAGGUUUUGGAGGAGCUCAUUGUAUGAUUAAAGGGGGUUAUAGCACUGUUGUUGAGUCUCUUGGUGGGGGACUUGAUGUUCGCCUAAACCAUGUUGUGGCUGAUAUUUCUUACAGCACCAGUGACAUUGGGUUUAAUGGGAAUCAAUGUGCAAAGGUGAAAGUUUCCACAACCAAUGGUUGCGAGUUUCUGGGAGAUGCUGUCCUUAUUACAGUGCCUCUUGGAUGCUUGAAAGCAGAAACUAUCAAGUUUUCACCACCAUUGCCUGAAUGGAAGCGUCUGUCCAUCCAGCGCCUUGGGUUUGGGGUUCUUAACAAAAUAGUUAUUGAAUUUCCUGAAGUUUUCUGGGAUGACUCUGUGGAUUAUUUUGGGGCAACGGCAGAGGAAACAAAAUGGAGGGGGCAGUGUUUCAUGUUUUGGAAUGUAAGAAAAACAGUUGGUGCGCCAGUUCUCAUAGCAUUAGUGGUUGGUCAGGCUGCUGUGGAGAGGCAAUAUAUGAGCUCUUCCGACAAUGUAAGCCAUGCAUUAAUGGUCCUUCGCAAACUUUUUGGAGAAGCAGUAGUACCUGAUCCAGUUGCAUCAGUUGUAACUGAUUGGGGAAGAGAUCCAUUUAGCUAUGGUGCUUACUCAUAUGUUGCUGUUGGAGCGUCUGGAGAGGACUACGACAUUUUAGCCAAACCUGUUGGAAAGUGUUUGUUCUUUGCUGGUGAAGCUACUUGCAAGGAGCAUCCUGACACUGUUGGGGGUGCAAUGAUGAGUGGGCUAAGAGAGGCUGUGCGCAUGAUUGAUAUAUUGAGUGAUGGUUAUGAUUUCACAGCAGAAGUAGAGGCAAUGGAAGCUGCUCAGAGGCAGUCUGAGUGUGAGAAUGAUGAAGUUGGGGACAUAAUUACAAGACUUGAGGCUGUUAAGCUUUCUGACGCUCUUUACAAAAGUUCUUUGGAUGGUGCCAGGAUUUUGACCAUAGAAGCUUUACUGCAAGAUUUGUUCUUUAGUUCAAAAACGACAGCAGGAAGAUUGCAUGUGGCAAAGGAGUUGUUGAAUCUCCCUGCUGAGACGUUGAAGUCCUUUGCAGGGACCAAAGAAGGUCUUACAGUUCUCAACUCAUGGAUUUUGGACUCAAUGGGGAAGGAUGGGACUCAACUUCUUCGGCAAUGUGUUCGUAUUCUUGUGGUAGUUUCAACAGAUCUACUUGCAGUUCGCUUAUCGGGCAUAGGUAAAACCGUCAAAGAAAAGGUAUGUGUGCAUACAAGCCGUGACAUCCGUGCCAUUGCAAGUCAGUUGGUUAGCAUUUGGCUUGAAGUCUUCCGUAAAGAAAAGGCUGCUAAUGGGGGGCUAAAACUCUCUAAGUCGGUUUCUGCUGUAGAAUUAUUGAAGAGGAAAUCUAAUAAAGACUCUUCUUCUGGGAAACCUCCUUUGCACGCAAACAACAGCACACUGGAUAGUAGAGGGAAUUUGUUGACUGCUGCAUCAGCGGCAAUGCCCUUGCAGUCUGAUGUCAAUAUGAAAAACGAUAAUAGCAAACAAUUGAAAUUUGAAUUGGAAAACUCAUCGAAAUCAGAUAUCAGUUCAUCAAGGUCAAGGGGUUCAUUUGGAAAGCAGGAUGCAGAGAUGGAAGACAACAUUGCUAUGACAGAAGAAGAGGAGGCUGCCUUUGCUGCUGCUGAGGCAGCACGUGCAGCCGCACUUGCAGCUGCGAAGGCCUAUGCAUCUGCUGAAGCCAAGAGUGCGAUGCAACUCCCAAAAAUCCCCUCCUUUCACAAAUUUGCUCGACGGGAACAUUAUGCUCAAAUGGAUGAGUGUGAGUAUAAAAAGAAGUUGUCUGGCAGUGUGCUGGGAAGGCAAGAUUGUAUAUCCGAAAUAGAUUCAAGAAAUUGCAGGGUCAGGAACUGGUCUGUGGAAUUUUCUGCUGCUUGUGUUAAUCUUGAAAGUUCACGAAUGUCGGCAGAUAACCUUUCGCAAAGAAGCCAUUCAAAUGAGAUUGUUAGCCAAUUGAACUUUAGGGAGCACUCCGGUGAAAGUGCUCCUGUGGAUAGCAGUAUAUACACAAAGGCAUGGGUUGAUACAGCUGGUAGUGUUGGAAUGAAAGAUUAUCACGCUAUUGAGAGAUGGCGCACUCAAGCAGCUGCAGCUCAUGUAAAUGAUGAGGAGGAUUCAAACACGAAUUGGCAUAAACCCAUGUGGAAUAAUGAUCAAGUAGCAAAUGAGAGCUCAAUAUCACAAGUGACGAUCAACAAGGAGCCCAUGAGAAACCAUCAUCGUGGGGCUGACAGAAUUAAGCAGGCUGUAGUUGAUUAUGUUGCAUCACUCUUGAUGCCCCUUUACAAAGCAAGGAAAAUUGACAAGGAUGGAUACAAGUCAAUUAUGAAGAAAAGUGCAACCAAGGUCAUGGAACAGGCGACUGAUGCAGAGAAAGGCAUGACUGUUUCUGAGUUUCUUGAUUUCAAGCGUAGGAACAAGAUUCGUGCCUUUGUAGACAAAUUGAUAGAGAGACAUAUGGCUACAAAGCCUGUAACGAAGUCGUAAAAGGCCCAAGGACUCAUUGUCAUUUUCUUGGUCAAAUGAAGUCAUGAUGGUCCCAAGGAUCAAGUGGCUUUCUUGGCUAGCUUCUCAUGAGGACACAGUUACGGAUUAUUCAUUUUAGUCCGGGAAUACUUCGUAUAUGUUGGCACGAAAGUCUUCAUAUUUUGACGCCUGUAAUACAUUUCCAGUGCACCUUAAUUUCUGAAGCUGCAAAUUGAGUAAUGUGACAUUUCUGCUAGUGCGUUUUGGAGUUUCCCAUGAUCUACCAAGAUUUUGGUUUGUGCUGUCGGAUAUGAUUAUAACUGGUACUGAUGUUAACUGUGAUUAUCGAACUGCAGCCUGAUUCUGCACGAUUCUUUUGGCAUGGCUUAAAUCUAUGCCACUCAUCAGGGCCACUUCAGGUUUCAUUUUCUUGCUCAUUUGGGUUAUGAGUACUUGUUGAAGAAAACAUCACAUUGUACUAUAAAGGGUCCAAGUCCAAGCCCUUCAGUUUUUAGGGACGGACAGUAGGUUCUUGUUCAUUUUCGUUUCUUCCUUUUCCCUCUCCACCUGUACAGCCUAGAAUUAUUUCAUUGACGACAAUCACACAGCAAUUUUCAUUUAUAUGCAAAAAAUUCUCAAUCUUUGAGAUUGAAUAUUGUAAUUUACCCGUCUUUCUUUCCAAUAGAUCAACUAAGGUGCCUUCUAGGCCAUUUUUCCUUUCUAAUGGUUUCUCUUUUUCAUCAAACGUCAUUGUUAAUUAGUGGAUUUUUCCUACCUCUCGCCAUAAUCAUCCAUUGUUACGGUAGGCACUGAAAUAUUAAAUUUAGUAAAAUGAUGGCUGUACUGUUUUGGUGCGA